GCGGGCCCGCGGCGGGAGGUGGAGCCGGGCGCGCCGCUGCGGGAGGAUGCGCCGAGGUCCCGCAGACACGGCGCGGCGCUGGAGCCGGGGGCGGGCUGGGGCUGAGCGCGGCUUCCUGCCGCCCGCGCCGGGCAAACACCUGGGAGCGGGGCAGAGGCGCGGGGGGGGGGCGCUGGCUCCCGGCGCGGCCGCCAGCAGCGCGGCGGCAGGAGGGUCUCCUGCGCGCCUCGGCCGCUGGUUAGACGGCAGGCCGGGGAGGGGGAAAGCAGCACCACCGACACCGACAAGCGGCAGCGGGACCGGGCGGCGCGGAGCAUGGAGCGCAGCUGCCCGCCCCCGCCGGAGCAGGAAGCGGUGGAAGCGUGGCUGGACGAUCACCGCGACUUCACCCGGUCUUACUUUGUUAGGAAAGCUACGAGAGAAAUGGUUAAUGCAUGGUUUGCUGAGAGAGUUCACACCAUCCCAGUCUGCAAGGAAGGAACCAAGACCCAGAGUGAAUCCUGCUCUUGUCACCAGCCAGCCUGUGCUGAGACCACCAACCCUGGGACUCCAGCGAGGAAAAUCUCUGCUUCUGAAUUUGACAGACCCUUAAGGCCCAUUUUUGUCAAGGACUCGGUAGGAGCAGUGAGCUUCCUCUCUGGCUCUGAAAAGAAGGAACAGAUGCCUCUGCAGUCUCCACGGAUUGGGACCAGUGCAGGGGAUCAGUGCUCAAGACUCUUAGAACUUGUGAAAGAUAUUUCCAGUCAUUUGGAUGUCACAGCGCUUUGCCACAAAAUUUUCCUACAUAUCCAUGAGCUUAUAGCAGCUGAUCGUUAUUCCCUGUUCUUGGUCUGUGAGGACAGCUCUAACGAGAAGUUUCUCGUAAGCAGGCUGUUUGAUGUGGCAGAAGGCUCCACCCUGGAAGAAGCUUCAAACAAUUGCAUUCGCCUGGAGUGGAACAAGGGCAUCGUGGGUCACGUAGCAGCUAUAGGCCAGCCUCUGAACAUCAAGAACGCUUAUGAGGAUCCAAGAUUCAAUGCAGAAGUCGACCAGAUCACUGGCUAUAAGACUCAGAGUAUUCUUUGUAUGCCAAUAAAAAAUCACAGAGAAGAGGUUGUUGGUGUGGCUCAAGCUAUCAAUAAGAAAUCUGGAAUUGGUGGGACUUUCACUGAACAAGAUGAAAAGGAUUUUGCUGCUUAUCUGGCAUUUUGUGGCAUUGUUCUUCACAACGCUCAGUUGUAUGAGACAUCUUUGCUUGAAAACAGACGUAACCAGGUGCUUCUUGAUCUUGCCAGCCUGAUUUUUGAAGAGCAGCAGUCUUUGGAAGUAAUUUUGAAGAAGAUAGCUGCCACUAUAAUAUCCUUCAUGCAAGUGCAGAGGUGUACCAUUUUUAUAGUGGAUGAAGAUUGUACUGAUUUAUUUUCUAGUGUGUUUCACAUGGAAUCUGAGGAAUUAGAAGAUUCAGCUGAAAAUCUGAAGAGGGACUAUGAUACAAAAAAAAUCAAUUAUAUGUAUGCUGAAUAUGUCAAGAAUACAAUGGAGCCCCUCAACAUCCCAGAUGUCUGCAAAGAUAGAAGAUUUCCCUGGACAAAUGACAGCGCAGAAAAUGUAAGCCAACACAUAAAGAGUUUGCUGUGUACACCAAUCAAAAACGGGAAAAAGAAUAAGGUGAUAGGGGUUUGCCAGCUUGUGAAUAAGAUGGAAGAAAACUCAGGCAAAAUCAAGGCUUUCAAUAGAAAUGAUGAACAGUUCCUGGAAGCAUUUGUCAUCUUUUGUGGCUUGGGAAUCCAGAACACACAGAUGUAUGAAGCUGUAGAAAGAGCCAUGGCCAAGCAGAUGGUGACAUUAGAGGUUCUCUCGUACCAUGCUUCUGCUGCCGAGGAGGAAACGAGGGAGCUGCAGGUAACAGCGGCUGCUGUAGUACCAUCUGCACAAUCUCUCAACCUAACUGACUUCAACUUCAGUGAUUUUGAGCUAUCAGAUUUUGAAACAACACUGUGUACAAUUCGAAUGUUCACAGACCUCAACCUGGUGCAAAAUUUCCAAAUGAAGCAUGAGGUUCUCUGCAGAUGGAUUUUAAGCGUAAAGAAAAAUUAUCGGAAAAAUGUUGCUUAUCACAAUUGGAGACAUGCCUUUAAUACGGCCCAGUGCAUGUUUGCUGCUUUAAAAUCUGGUAAAAUUCAGAGCAAACUCACUGACUUAGAAACACUUGCUUUGCUGAUAGCAACUCUAAGUCAUGAUUUGGAUCACAGAGGAGUGAACAACUCUUACAUACAAAGAAGUGAACAUCCACUGGCUCAGCUGUAUUGCCACUCAAUCAUGGAGCAUCACCAUUUUGAUCAGUGCCUUAUGAUCCUGAAUAGUCCAGGAAAUCAGAUUCUCAGCAGCCUUUCCAUUGAAGAAUACAAGGCCACACUGAAAAUGAUAAAACAAGCCAUUCUUGCCACAGACCUAGCACUAUAUAUAAAGAGGAGGGGAGAGUUCUUUGAACUUCUAAGGAAGAAGCAAUUUAACUGGGAAGAUCCUAUGCAGAAGGAGCUAUUUUUAGCAAUGCUGAUGACUGCUUGUGAUUUAUCAGCCAUAACCAAACCAUGGCCAGUUCAGCAACGGAUUGCUGAGCUUGUAGCUACAGAGUUCUUUGAUCAAGGAGAUAAAGAGCGGAAAGAACUCAACAUAGAACCAACAGACCUAAUGAACAGAGAGAAGAAAAAUAAAAUUCCCAGCAUGCAGGUUGGAUUCAUAGAUGCUGUUUGUUUACAGCUGUAUGAGGCCCUGACACACGUAUCAGAGGCCUGCUACCCCCUACUGGAUGGCUGUAGAAAAAAUAGGCAGAAAUGGCAAUCCUUAGCUGAACAACAAGAAAAGAAUCUGAUUAACGGAGAAAGCAAUCAAGCCAAACGGAACUGAGGUGCUGAUUUGACAACCACAAGCUUAAGUUCACAUAGAAGACAUAGUAAUUGGGGAGUACUGCCUUUUGCUAAACACUGUAUGGAUUUGGCUUAUGUUUUGCCACUGCUGUAUUAUUUUUCCACAUUUUAAAACAUAGCAUGAUCAUGUAUAUGCCAAGGUUAUAUAAAGAUUGUAUAUUUUGUCUAUUUCAUCUGAGUGAGAUGGAAAAAAGAUCUGCAGGGUUAGUUUAUGCUUCCCUGUUCUACAAGAUGGUAUGAGUGCAGUUACUUGACUGUCCUUGAGAGUCUAUUACUUUAGAGAUGUACAUAGUUGUUUAGUGAUCAUAUGUGGCCAGUAUGUUAAAGACUACUGCAUUUCGCACCUUUUUUCCUCUUUCAGUCUUGUUGUGUUAGGUUAUAUAAGUAAUGAGCAGUGUUGCCCGUUCUCUUCCCAGAGGUUUAGAGGAAGGUUUGGGACUAAGUCUGGGGAGCCUAAUUCAGCAUAUACUAUGCUAACCUCUUUCAGGAGACAGAACAGGGCUUUGAAAUGGAAAAGCCCUAGAACUUGUUUACCCUACAGUAUUUGUAUUAGAAGAAUGCCUCAACAAAAUGUCUUACGUUUGGAGAAGUUUUAAAAAACCCUGCAAAUUUCUUAUUAUGGGCUUAUUAUGAGUUUUAUGGUCAAAGUGUUGUAAUUAUCCACGGAUGAGGAUAUCUGCUUAACAAGUGAUGAAAAGUCACAACUCAACAUAACUGACAGGCAGCCUUGGAAGAAUGCUUCCCAAAGAAGGCUGCAAGAAACAGACAGAGAAAUGGAAACUAAACAGGCUCAGUUUUGUAUCCUGGCUUUAUCUUGAUUCUGAAGAUUAAAAUUAACAUCAUCACAACCAACAGAAGGGCAGGAAAAGUAGAAGAGAAUGUGACUGGAAGAGCAAGAGAUGAGAAUCCGAUUCAGAAUGACCCAGGAAUGACAUACUUGUAGUGACUGUUAGUGAUGUCGAUUCUUUAGGCCACUGCUGUUAUGAAAUGACUAUGACCACUUUGAAGAACUGCUUGAGAUUUCAGAAAGUUUUAUGAUAACAUUUUUUAGAAAUCAUUUUUAGCACUAGUUAAUGUCAACAAUUAUUAAUCGCCAAGUCUUAAAGGAAAAAGGAAGACUAAACAAAAAUAGCUGAGAAUACUACAGGAACUUACCAUUUGUAUAGGAGACAUUAACAAGUAUUAAAAAAGAAAGAAACCAAUUAACUUGCAGUAGGAAAAGAAGAAACUGACUUUAUUUAAAUGAAAAUGACUAAUAAAAAUUGUUUUGAAUUGAUCACUGGGAAACAAUUGAAGAAAAUACACACGUAAAACAAAUCCAAAACAUGCUAGCAUAAGAGAGCUCUGCGUAGACAGAAUUAGGAGAUUAAUGUCAGCAGUAUAAGACUGGUUAGUAAUAUGGAUGCAACUUUGAUGCAUGCACCAACAAAAAAUGUUAAGUUUUUAAAUCUGGAACAAUGAAUUUUUAAUUACAAUUGGCAGUAAUUUUAGGCAAAACCUAUACAUUUGGGAUUAUACUUUGAAGUACAGGAAUUUAUUUGUAUCAUGGUAAUCCAGAAAAUUCUAGAUGGAAACUGCAAAAAAUUCUUCUUCCCAAGAAAUUAUUAAUCCCACCUACAGCAGCUGGUCAGAAAGACAGUGAAAACAACCUCUUUUUACCAGUCUCUGUUUAGAUAAAAAGUACCAGAAGUUAAUAAAAGAUGAAACAAAUGUUUCAAAAUAUUCCACAAUACUGAGUUCCAUAAUAUAAGUUCUUAAAAAUGUAGAAAAAGAUAUUCUUAUGGUCUGCAGCAUUUCUGCCAACCUAAAUUAUUUGUUACUGACCAAAUCCUAUCUCAAAUUUCCCUAAUGACUACCAAUAAUAUAUUAUUGCAGAUAAAUUUGAAAACAUUUUUCUACAAAAAUAUUUAUAGUAAUAGUUAUUUUUUUCAGAUUUUCCAAAAAGUUAUGGAAUGCUGUAAUAAUUAAGAAUUCCAGGGGCACUGUUAUGUAAGUACUCCAAAUGUGCAUUUAUAUGCAUACACAGUACAAUGUAUGUGUAUAUAUAUAAUAUACAUCCUAUAUAUGCAGAAAAACUACAGUGGGUCCUCCUAAAAGUUUUCAGUUCCUUUUUGAUAAACAGGGGAUUGUGCUUCAGGAUUUGCAUAAUCCUUGUAUUUUCUUUCUUUUCCUUGGAUGCUUCAGACACUGAAAUAUAAUCAUUAACUGAGUCAACUGGUAAGAUAUAUAUUUAAUAUAGAUCUGAACAAAGUAUAUGUAUAUAAAGGUGUAUUCUGCUAUUAUGGCUGAGACUAGUAAUUCAUGGUAACAAGACAGCAAAUCAACUAUAGUAGUAUUACAGUAUAGUGACAUAUCAUUUACAUUAAGAUCCCAGUAUUUAUAUUUCUCUGCUAUAUUGCGUGUUCAGCAUAGCUUUAUUAUGACAAACUUGUAAACGUUACAAAGGAGUGCUGGAUUCAUACCUUUGACUUAAGAAAAAUAAACCUAACAGGUUGCAUUUUUUCAAAGUUCCACUGAAAAUGUACACAGUCAUACUGUGCAUAUAUUUAGGUACACAUCUUUACACAUUUAACCCACAGAAUUUCUUCCACUACAAAGAUCAGAACAAAUAUAAAAAUAGAGAUUAUAGUAAAUACAUGUUGUCUUAAUACACCUGUAUUUGUAUAUAUUUCUACAAAACUAAACCUUUUAAACUACUGGUUUAAGGACCUUAAAAGCAUAGUUUGCUAUACUCCAUGAAAAUUCAGACAGUGAUCAAGUUAUUUAUAUGGUGUUUCAGUCUGCCUGAAGGCAAAAUCAAAGGGUGCUGGUUUUGUCUCAUGGCUUUUGUGAGGACUGUGUGCAGAAAAUUGUUCUUACAUUUUAUAAUGUAUACAGGUAACAAUAUGAAGAAUACCAGGCUGUUCUCUGAGCUCUGAAUGCAAUGCAUUUCAGGCAAUGUUUUCAAACCAAGCUACUGGAUUAUAGCCAUGCCGCUGUCAUUAAUUUCAUUAUGAGUUGUGUAUCCAAUUAUUUUAGUCAGGUCUCAGACAUAUUCUACCCUAAUUCAUGUUGCCUAGAUAAAGAAAUCAGCAAGGACUGUGCAAGAUAUAAGCUGAAAUGGAGUUUAUCAAUUUGUUAGUUCAGUCUUAAUUCCACUAAAGCUAUUGUGAAAUUUGAUAUUGAAGUUUUUGGGUGCAGAAUUUGUCCCACUAUCUUUUUAAUAUUUUUCUCAAUAAAGACAUCUAAGUUAGGAUCCUAUUUGUUCUCAGACACGCACAUACUUUCCUGUGAAGUCACUCCACAGCACAGUUCAGUGCUCAGAGCACACUUUUGUUUCUGUUUUUGUUACUCUUUUGGAAAAAAUAACUUGGCAUAUAUAUUAACAUCUAAAAAAUUGUUGAUUGACCCUAGCUCUUCUAAUUAAAAAUAACAAUGAGGCUCUUAAGGUGCACAUAGCACUUCUUUUCCAACAAGUUAGUCACUCAUCUAAUAUUAGCUGCAGAAUGUAUAUGUUUUCUAUUGUCUCACAGUAAAAGAAAGGAGGGAAAAAUAAACCAUCAGUCUUUAAUAAUGUCUUAUUUGUAAUCUAGGUUGUGGAGAUACUAUUGAUCUUUGAUUAGUAGUUAAGAGUGGAUCACUCUCAGAUCUGCACAGAAUGGAAGUACAAGUGGGCUGUAAUUGCACUUGUACAAGUGAUAAAAGUGAAUAAAGUAUUCCAUUGAUUACUAGCUGAUCUCUCCUUAGAAGAGAGGACUGCAGCCUGAUUUUAUGUAUUGCCCUCUGCCAACUGGGCACAUACAAAGGUAAGUUUUUGAACUCCAUUCCAACCCAUUUUAUCUGGCACUGGCAAGAACUGCCAGUUUCAGAGUAGUGUCUAAUUCAUAUCUAAGAUUCUUCAAAAUUACAGGGUAAUUGAUUAUUUCAACCCAUUAUAGAGAAAUGUAUAGCCCUUUAAAAUUAGGUGGUGUUGCUUGGGUGAUCUGGUUUGGGCCCCUUGAGUUAUGCAUGAGAAUCAUAGUGGAGAGUGAUGAAGGAAAAAGUGUCCGACUCAAAAUAAAUUCAUACACUUGUAAGAGUUUUAUAGAGACUUAAUCUUCAAGGCAAAGUUUUACAUUAGCAUUAGUUAGGAAUUUUCUCUCUGUGACACUGUAGCUUCUUCUUCAUGCCAAAUCACAUGCAGUUUACAAUCCACAGGGAUUCAGCUUUAUUUUUACAACUGCCUACUCUAUAAUACAACACUAGAGAGCGUCUUCAGGGACAUGCACUAGUCUGAAAGAUAAGCUUGAAUAAAAAUCUGAGUUUGCCCAGCACACGAGAAAUAACGAGGGCUGGAGUUUCAGUUUGGAUUUUAUAGGAACAAGAAACAUCACAGAGUCUAGCCUGGUAAUUAGUGACACUUGCUUAAUGUAGAAAAUUGUGACAUCAAGAUAUUUUGUCUUUGUCAUUGCUAGAUGAAUGAAAACUGCAUGGGAAACUUUAUCUUCAACAUAAAGAAGUACGUUUCUAUAGAGAAACUCGUAUCUAAGUACCACUGUUUGGAAAUGUACACUAAUGUGACAAUGCUAUUUAAUAGCUAGUUUCCACUAACUGCCACAGCAUGAGCUUGUCAUGCUAAGGCCUAGGGAAUGCUUAAAUGCCCAUUUGAAGUUAAAUAAAUGAUUCCCAUUUACCUCAGUGGGAGUUGGAUUGAGCUGUAUAGAAAGUGAAGGAAUGGGUCAAAUCUACCUUUUUUGCCUAUACAUAUAAAGAGGGACCAAACUCUUACCCUUGGUAACACCUGCUUCACCUAUUCUUUACUGUAUUCAGCUAUUCCUGCUGAUGUCCAAGGUACCUUACAGAUGUAACUGAAGUUAGAAUUUGAGCCCUCUAUGUAUUCACAUGGCAGACACACACGUGUCUCAAAGAAUGUAGUGUGAAAUGCACUGUAAAUAGUUUUAAUAUACACUUCUAUUACAGCUUAAUAAAAAUGUUAAUCACAGUCACUAGCCACUGAGUUUGUCUAUCUGUAUUCUUUUAUCUUUUAAUAAUAUUUGAACAAAUAUGUAGUUUCUGGGCACAAUAUUUUUGUACUAGGUUGAUGGGGUUACUCUGUAUAUUAUGUUCUGCUUUUUAGUAGUAUUAAAGUCUUCUGAAUGUUAUGAUCUUGCUUGUUGCUGUCCCACAACUCUUUAGUAAAACUAUUUACAUUACUUAUGAGAAUCAUAUGUCCUCCUUACUGUACAGUUAAUAGAGAACAGAGUUAGGUUAUUGUCUGUGGUCAAACUGCUGCUUAAUUACUUAUUUUCUCAUUCUUCUCUUUGUACUGUUUUCAUGAUUUGUAAAAUAAAAAAGGACAAUGUAAAUUAAA